UUAUGCCAAUUAAGCCACAAAAUAAAGAGAACUUUUCGGAAGUGGCCUACAAAUGAAAAGAGACCACAUGGCCCAGUUAAAUCGUCACAUACUGAUGCAACCCACCAUUCAGUUACCAUGGUGAUGAAGAAUCGAUUCCUUCUGCAGCCCCACCACCCGAAUCUUCUAUUCCAACCGAGAAAUCCAGGCUGAGCAGAUGUUCUGUAUGAAUUGUUUACAUACAAGUCUUAUUUAAAACCGGAACAUAAACUAUCCUUUAUUAACAUACCCGGUGCAUAAUUUUAGCUGCUCAUCGAAAGAAAUAUAAACUGUGAAGAUAUUUAACAGAUUACGAUAUGUAAACAUUAACUGAGGUGAAGAAUGAUGAAUUAUACGAACGGCUUUAGGAUAACUGUGUUAAAAUGAUUGAGUUAGGAGAUUCAUAGUUUUAAGUAUAACAAGAUAUGACAGAAUAUUCCAAUUACGUGCUCGUUUAUGAAGAUCCUGAUUACAGCAGAGAUGAGAAGGAAAAAGUUGAUAGUACUGACGCUAAAAAAGACAACUUACGACGCAGAUUUCUGGUGGGAUUGCGAAAAGAAGGACUAUUAGCAGAUGAAGAAAGAGUCGGAAAACACAUAUUUGUCCGAAUAUCGAGCUCCCUAGAUAGACUGUACAAAGAAGCAGAAGUUAUGAGACUGGAGUUACCACUCUUAGGGUUAGUUCUGAAUAAUCCUGAUGAAGAACAAGAAGCUGCUAUAGAAAUAAAAUUAAGAAAAAUGUAUGGAGGAAAGAAAACAGAGUCACAAGUUUCUGCUCCAUUUCAGAGAGAUUGCUUAGAAUUAUUCAGAAACAAUAAAACAGAUUCUGUUCUUUGGUCUUCGAUUAGAUGCUUAUUGGUACACAGUAUAUUGACUUCAAUAAAUAUAUCCAGGUACAAAGAAAAUGGGGAAUUGCCCGAUAAGAUAGGUCUGCAAUUUUUACUGAUGGUAGGAGCUUUCAAAGAUGCGUUUGCACUCCACGAUCCAUCAAUUUUAGAACCAAUUAGCCUUCAAGAGAUUCGAGGUCGUAUCCAAGAUCUUGAUGAAGGAACUGCGGAACUAGAUUUAAGGUACGAGCUUAGCAAGAAAUGGGGAAGACUUUGCGGGAGGCAACCCAUCCACGAAAUCAGAGAUUAUUUUGGAGAGAAGAUAGCAUUCUAUUUCGCCUGGGUCUCAACAUUUAUGACAUCUCUAUGGAUUCCAGCCAUACUUGGUCUCGCAGUCUUCAUCUAUGGAGUCUUCAAAAAAAUAGCCAGUACCGAAAAAUUAAAAGUUUCGCACAUUAUAGACAUAAUCAAAUCUUCCAGUGAUAACGAUCUCACGCCAUACUUUGCUGCCGUCAUUUGCCUUUGGGGAACAAUUUUCACUGAAGUAUGGAAGCGCAAGCAGAUAUCUCUUGCCAGACAGUGGUUUGUCGAUAACUUUGAUCAUGUUGAACCCGACAGACCACAAUUUUAUGGCACAACAACACAAGUGAAUCCAUUUACGAUGCAGUUAUUACAGAUAUAUCCUUUCUACAGAAGAUUAUUUAAGUACCUGUUUUCGAUAUCCAUACUUUUAGUUAUGGUAGUAUUAGUUUUUAUUAGCGUGACAUCUGUGAUUCUCUAUCGCGUUUACAUGACGAUCACCAUUUGCGAAGAUAAUGCAGCCUGUGAUCUCUUACAUGGAACCAUCAUAGCUACACUACUUAACACCAUUUCUAUUAUGAUUUUAGGAAAGAUUUACGAAUAUAUUGCUGUAAAAUUGACUGAAUGGGAGAAUCAUCAAACAUUGAGUUCACAUAACGAUGCCUUAAUUAUCAAGUUAUUCGCAUUCCAAUUUGCCAAUACAUACACUUCUCUUUUCUAUACAGCUUUCUUCAGACGCGAUCUUGGCAGCGGAACUGGAAUUAUGGGAUUGGAUAAGAAGUACACAGACAACUGCGGACAUAUAGAAAACGACAACUGUAUGUCUUUACUUUCGUUUCAACUGUUGGUUCUAAUGGUUGUAAAACCGUUACCAAAGUUUAUUAAUGACGUUGUUUUACCUUGGAUAAAGAAACUUCUUCGUCGUUGCCGCUUUAACGAAAUUGAUGACUUCAGAACAGAUGAAGGAGUAUCCAAACAGCAUUAUUUAUUAAGAGAAAUGCUAAAACCAUCAGCAGAAGACUUUCGCUUAGGAGAAUUCACUGAAAAGAUGAUACAGUACGGGUAUUUGGUGUUAUUUGCUGCUUCGUUUCCACUAGCGCCAGCUCUAGCUUUGAUGUUCAAUGUUAUUGACUUCAGAAUAGAUUCCAGACGCUUGCUAUGGUGGAAUAAGAGACCGACACCAUACAGAGAUAACGAUAUAGGUAUUUGGUUCAACCUCAUAGACUUCAUCAAUGUUUGCGGUGUCAUCAGUAAUUCAUUUUUAAUAGCUUUCAAUUCGGAAUUGGGACGAGAUAGAGACCUCUGGAUAAAAUUUGCCAUUAUUAUUGGAUUUGAACAUUUCAUCUUCAUCAUCAAGUUCCUAAUUUCUCUCAUCAUACCUGAUGUACCCACUUGGGUGAAAAAUUCCCAGCGUAAGGAACGCUACUUACUUUCAUAUUUAAUGUCAAAAUUAUCAUUGCUCACUGAAGGAAUCAGACCUGAUCCAAUUGACGAAUGUUCCACCAUGGACGGGAUAGAAGAUUUCCACAUUGAGGAAGAUGUCCUCCAAAAAUUGAAUUCGAAUGUUCCUAAUUCAAGGUGGAGUUAUUGAAGAUAUGUUUCAAUUCUUCAACUACUCUAUCAAUUCCCCUCUAAGAAAAUAAUACAGUUAUAAAAAUUACAAUGUGACGAGAAAAAACUUGAACUUAUAAUCCAAUUACUUAUUAAAAUAUCUCAACCAAAACUUACGUCUAUUUCUUUCUGUAACAUAAAUUCAAGUGAUCAUCUUUAUCCUAAUGAGGACCUUUAAACCUGCCACGAAAUUUUCUUCACACAAGGAUUUUUUUUAGAAAGUCUUAUGAAGUUUCGCACUAAUCUUUGUCUUUAAAAUAGUAAUGAUCUAAGAUAGACCUAACAGAGAAAUCUAUUGGUUUCAAAUCUAGUGGAUAAGGUGGUUAAUCGUGAGGUAUGAAAAAGUCAAGAAAAUUUACUCUGCACCAGUCUUGAGUAUCUUUAGCUUUGUCUGCUGAAGCUAUUGUAUGAUCAAUCUUUGGUUUACAAAGAACUUUUGUCACCAAAGAUCCAAAAUAUUGCGAAAAAUGUAUUGUGUUUCAAAUUUUGUUCAAGUUAUUUCUUGUCACUCAAUACGUUGUAUUAAUACAUCUAGUCAUUUUGUUAAAAAUGCGUCGUUGUAAAUAAUUUAAGAAAUGAUUUCAGGAGAAUCGAUUUGUUUUUAACAACAGACUGUAUUUAUUGAUUUCUCCAUUAAUUACUUUAAUUUAUAAAACUCCUUUACAAACAACAUUUAACGUUGAAAUUUAAACAAGAUGUUGCGAUUUAACACAAUGUUAAAAAAAAAUUAUCUUUUGACAAACUUUUUUGUUUAAGUCAAUAUUGUCUUUAACAAAAUUAGUUGGGUCUUUUAAAUUUUACUUCAUAGCUAACAUAAUAAAUGAAUUUACAUUGAUCAUUAUUGUAUUGAACCUCUUUUGGACUUACUGGUAACUUUUUGAAAAUAAUUGCAGGACUGUAAAUCAUACCUUAUUUCUAUCACUUUUACAAUUAUAUUUUCAACCUUUUUGAAACACGUUGUAUACAAGGUUCUCUUCCGAUAGAGGGAGACAUUCCGGUGGUUAAACUUUCUUGGCUAAGUCAAACAUAUUAAUUUACCAAUAAUAAUCGCUAUCUGAUAUUAUUAAUCAUUUGAUUAAUCAAGGGAUGUGAGUUCCAUUGCCUGGUAUACCCAACAUUGAUGUUUGUUUUUUUUUAAAGUUGAGUGCCACUGCCCGGGUUAAGGUUUGCCCGGAAUACAACCCAACAUUGAUAUUGUAAGGAUUGGUAUUGAAUUGUCAUUGAUAUUGAAUUGCCAUUGCCCCCGGUGCUCCAAAUACUGACUGUUGAGGUAAAAGGUCACCUUUGUGGUCUCGAAUUCGUUAAUCGCAAUUUUUUACGGCCCCUUUCAAUGGAAUAGAAUCCAAUCUGCAAAAGUAAAUCCUAUCAUAAGAUUCCCCACGUUUCGGAUUUUUUACCGGAAGAAGUUUACCCGUAAAAGUCCGAAAUGGAAUUAUAUUUCGGACCCUAACUAGGCCACGUAGGUAAAUCCUAGGUAUUACCGGUAAAACCUAAGUUUUACAAAACUUGGGGCCUUUACAGUAACAUAUAUAUUCCUUUACUAUAAGAUUGCAACACUUUGAAAUCACAUGCAUAUUAUUUCAAAAUGUGCCUGUCAUUUAAGUGUUAAAUAAUGAAUUAUUUCCCUUUUUUAACACAAAUUUUAUAUUAAACUAUAAAAUAAAAUUCUGUUGAAGUUCAAGAUUAAACAAAAAGUUUUCCCUCUUCCAAAGAAGAUAUUAAAAGUUUUCGAGCACCAGACUACAACCGGACACACUCUGUUCGUAACAAUGUAUUCGUUUGUCUAGUUCCGAAUCCUCCCACAUCUCAUAACAUACUUUUUUUCACACACCAUAACUUAAAUCGCAAAUUAUUCAAGAAUAAAUUAUUUUAUCGGGAAAAUAUUUUGCGGCAGAAGAAAUCUUUUUUAAAUACUAAGACUGUCUUAUAACAUAAUUUCAAAGUAUAAUUACUUAGCUUAAGUUUCCACACAUUUUUACAUCUGAAUGAUUUCGUACUUAAACAACAAAGUUUCAAAGUAACGUUCAAGUAAGAUCAUUUAUACAUCCUGAUAUUUUAAGUCCAGUCCCGUGUUAAUGAAGCUAGGCUAAAUAAUUAACGAAGGCAUAUUUUAGUAAAAGGACACCUGACAAGGAGUUAAGCUUAUUAAACAAUAUUUAGAAUUCUUCUGUUAUGUCAUGUCAUUAAAUGAUUGCCCUAUCUAAUAAGAAUCUCAUUUGAAAUACGUGUACACAAUGUAAUAAACAUUCGUAUGUGUUGCAUAAAGAAUCAUGCAUAAGAAGCGUUUUUAUUGCAUAAUGCCCAAUAAUUCACUUUUAUCUUCUAAUAUUUCCGUAUUUAUAUACAUAAUCUUGAAUGUUGAGUUGUAAAUUUGUUAUUAUCGAACUUGCCUAGAAUACAUUUUACUUGCAUAAUUCUGUCACUGCUCUGCUGGCUCCUUUUACUUUUUUGUUAUAGAGCAUUGAGUGACCAACCCUCAUUUAGUAAUUAUGAUAAGAUUUAGUAUAUAAAUACUUUGCAUAAAAGGUCUACAACAUUUUCUGUCAUGUGGGCCACAUCAAGGAAGUUAAAUCCCUAUGGCUACACACGUUAGAUAACAUAAUAUAGUCAAAGAAAUUUAUAAACAAGAGAGAUUAAUUUUAUCUACUUUUAGCCAAGGGUACUAAGUUUUAAUUUCUAAAAUUAUUGUAUUUGAAAAAAAAAAACUAGGGACAAGUUAUUUUAUCACUUUUGUUUUCAAUAUGUUCAAAUAAAGUAUUAUAAAACAGAUAAAAUAUGAUCUAACUCAAAUACUAUACUAAACGUAUCCACAAAAAUUACUUCAUACACCAAAAAAGUGUAGCAUAAAUGUUACAAAAAUUAUUUAGUACAUCAUAAAAGUGUAGCAAGAAUAUCAAAAAGUUACUUAGUACAACUUAAAAGGAAUGAAUACCAUUUCAGAUUUGAUGUGAGGUUCGAUAUUUGUGUUUAAUAAAAACAAAAUCGUGGAAAUAUUAAAAUUAGCAGUUGAUACUCUCUUGAAUAUACUCUCAAAGCACUUCUCAAAUAGUCUAACAUGUUCUUAUUUACAAUUUUAUGCUCUUUGAUCGAUUAAGUGCUAUUAUUUCGGCCCUAACAAUGUGGCUUACGAGACACAAGUUGAAGAUUCAGACUAGUAGAGGAUGCUCACGUUUCGAUAAAAUAUAAAAACAAACUUGACUAACUUGUAAAAUAUGUUGACUAAACAUUCUUUUUGGACAGUAAAAAUCAUAUAGUUUGAUAUAUAUCCUUAGCUAUCAUCUAUAACUGUAACCCAGUUGUUUUUGGUCACCCUGCAUUUCAGAAAAUACGAAACUCUGGAGCAAAUUUGCAUACUGCAUAUUUGUCAAAUAAAAUUCAUAUUUGUAUAACAAAAGUAAAGAUAACCUUUGUGCUGUUAAAAAAUACUUAACAAUACUUUCAUGCAAAGACAAAAAAUUUUUUGACAACUAUCUUUUUUGACAACUAUCAAGAGAGAAAACGCAUUCAAGUAUUCAUGUACAAAAAGUUUAUGUUAUUGGGAAGAGGCACAUGGAUCACCUUUGUUACAUUCAAUUUUAAUAUUUUUAUCGCGAUAAAAAAUUCCUUUCUGAAUAAUUCAUAUUCUUAAAAAAUUUAUUUCUCACAAAAUCUUCCAAGUUUAUACAUUUAGCACCUUUUCAAAUUUUGAACAGAGGUAUUUCUUAACAUUCAGAAUGGAAGAAAGGAUCCAGAAAUUAGAAAAGCUACUUUAAAUUUACAAGAAAUUAGUUAUGUUAUUAUUUACCAUUUAGAUUUCAUUAAAUAAAUUACUCAUUUUAAUGAAAUAUUUUUUUUUUUCAUUUAAAAAUUAUUUUUCAUUUGUUUAUUCAGACAUAAUAUAUAAACCUUUAAUCCAAGUUAAACCAAUUUAUGUAAAUUCUAUGCAGUACUCUCUCAUAAGUAUUUAUUUAGUUUGAAUGCUAUCAUUCGUUUAGUGUUAAUUGGUGAUCAAUUUUAUUUAUAUCAAAGCUGUAAAGUGAAAAAAGAAAUUUUAGUAAAUAGAUAUGAAUCACUAAAAGCUGCGUAAAAAUGUUAGGAAUCAUGUUUAAAUCUGUCCAAAAUUAAGGUUACAAACAUAAAAAGGCUUAAUGUAAGGAAUAUAUAUAUAUUCGGGCUCGAAAAAACUCAGAAAUUUUACCCGUCCUCCUUUGAAACUAACCCGUAG